AUGGUAAGGAUUCUUAAUGUUCCAAUGGACAUGAUCUUCUUGUUCAGCCAAAUUAAUAUUGUGCUCAUGGUGCUUAUGUGCAAUAUGGGACCAAUAUCAUCAACAGCACAACCACAGAACAUGACUCUUCCACAUGAUGAGGUUGAAGCCCUUCGUGAAAUAGCUGCACAACUGCAUAAAAAGGACUGGAAUUUUAGCGACCCGUGUAGCAAUGUUCCAACUUUCUCAACCCCACAUACAGAUCAGUACAACAACACUCUCUUCUGCAAUUGCUCCUUCCCUGGCAAUGUGUGCCAUAUCCAAAGCAUUAAUCUGGGCCAGAAUUACCUUAGUGGUUCCAUACUGCACGAAUGGACUUCUACGAAGUUGAAAUUUCUGGUUCUCAGCGUGAACAACUUAUCAGGACCAAUCCCUAGCUAUUUGGGAAACAUUGUUACUCUCCAAGCUUUGUAUGCUUUCACGGGAGAGUUGCCUGUGUCUCUCACUAAUAUGACCAAAUUAAAAACACUUUGGAUUGGCAGUAACAACUUCACUGGGAAAAUACCGAACUAUUUUCUUAGUUGGAAAGAGCUCGAGAUGUUAGAGAUGCAAGGGAGUGGUCUUGAGGGGCCCAUUCCUCCUAGCCUUUCUGCAUUAACUAAAAUGUCAUACCUAGCGAUUAGUGACUUAAGUGGUGAGAGUUCAGAUUUUCCAAACUUAUCAAAUAUGAAAGACAUGCAGACUUUAAUGAUUGCCUCAAAUAUAGAGAUAGUCGCUAAGAACUUUAAAUUUGCAUGCAGCAUAAUAGAUCUUUCCUACAAUAACUUUUCAGAGAACUCUGUCCCAACUACAUGUCAAGACAACUUUAAUGUGUUCAAAAGUUUUUCCAGGCAGAACAACUCGAUUCUUAGCCAUUGCCUCAAUCCAUGUUCAAAAGAGCAGUAUUCGGUGCAUAUAAAUUGUGGUGGAAAACAAGCCACCAUUGGAAGCAUCAAAUAUGAUGGUGAUGAAGCUUCAGGAGGUGGAGCAAAGUUUUUUCAUGACACAGGGAAUUGGGGAUUUAGUAGCACUGGUGAUUUUGGGCUUAUGAAUUAUGACCAAGAGUAUAUAGCAAGAAAUAGCUCCAUACUCAAUAUGACUAACUCUGAAUUGUACAGUACAGCCCGAAUAUCUCCUCUUUCUCUCACAUAUUAUGCCCGUUGCUUAGCAAAUGGAAAUUACACUGUGAAACUACACUUUGCAGAAAUAGUUAUCAGAAACAACAGGUCUUAUUACGGCGUUGGAAGACGAAUUUUUGAUGUUUAUAUCCAGGAAAAACUGGUAUUGAAGGAUUUUAAUAUUCAAAAGGAAGCACAAGGAGUUGAUAAGGAAAUGAUAAAGGUAUUUAAAGCAGUUGUCAAUGUUAUGACUUUAGAGAUCCGCUUUCAUUGGGCUGGGAAAGGGACAACUAAUGCUCCGAAAAGAGGAAUAUAUGGUUCUCUUAUAUCUGCUAUCUCGGUGGAGUCUGAUUUCGAACCGCCUGAUGAUAGCAAAAAGAAGAUAUUCAUUGUGGUUGGAGCUGUUUCAGUGUUGUGUCUUAUUUUCAUGACUAUUGGCAUUCUUUGGUUGAGAUGCUGCUUCGGAGGCAGGGCAUCUACUAGGGAACAAGAUCUGAGAGGAUUAGAUCUGCAAACUGGUUUCUUUAGAUUCAAACAAAUCAAAGCUGCCACUAACAACUUUGAUGCUGCAAACAAGCUUGGGGAAGGUGGCUUUGGAGCUGUUUACAAGGGAGAACUAUUAGACGGUACUAUUAUUGCAGUUAAGCAACUUUCUUCAAAAUCGAAGCAAGGAAAUCGUGAAUUUGUUAAUGAAAUAGGCAUGAUUUCUGCCUUAAAACACCCAAAUCUUGUUAGAUUGUACGGAUGCUGCAUUGAAGGAAACCAGUUACUGUUGGUAUAUGAGUACAUGGAGAACAAUAGCCUUGCACAUUCUUUGUUUGGUCAAGAGAAAGGUAUACUGAAACUGGAUUGGCCUACAAGGCAGAAAAUAUGCGUAGGCAUUGCAAGAGGUCUGGCUUUCAUGCAUGAGGAGUCAACACUCAAAAUUGUUCAUAGAGACAUCAAAACUACCAAUAUACUGCUUGACAGGGACCUGAACCCUAAAAUCUCUGACUUUGGUUUGGCCAAGCUGAAUGAAGAGGAGAAGAGUCACAUUAGUACCAGAGUAGCUGGAACUAUAGGAUACAUGGCGCCAGAAUAUGCAUUAUGGGGCCAUUUAACUGAUAAAGUAGAUGUUUACGGCUUUGGGGUUGUUGCACUGGAACUUGUAUCUGGCAAAAACAACAUCAAAUAUCAGCCAAACGAGAAUUAUGUCUGCCUUCUUGAUUGGGCGUUUGUUUUGCAACAGAAAGGAAAUCUGAUGGAGCUGGUGGAUCCAAAGUUGGGGUCUGAGUUCAACAAGGAAGAGGCAAUGAGAAUGAUUAAGGUAGCUCUACUCUGCACUAAUCCAUCACCAGCGCUAAGACCUACAAUGUCUGCAGUGGUGAGCAUGCUUGAGGGCCGAGCCAUUGUUCAUGAACUGAACAUAAAUCCGAGUAUUUAUUGUGAUGAAAUGAGGUUUAAGUCCUUAAGAGAUGAGUCUAAUCUGAGUGUUCAACAGAGUUGGUGUGAGACUCAAAGCCUCAUUUAUUUAUCGGAUGCAAGAGGGACGACCUCUUCCUCAUCGUCUGUCCAGGAUUUGUAUACAAUAAAUUUUGAUUCUCAAUAG